AUGAAGUUCACUGCUACAAUUGGGGCUUUGAUGUUCAGCCUAUUAGCCUCUGUCAGUGCGGCUGUAACUGGGAACUGUACGCCAGGCAUGAAUUACUGUCAAGUCGUGCUUGACAAUGUUGGCGGCAACCAGGAUGCGAUGCAUGAUGCGAUAAUCCGAUGGGGUUCCCCUGAAUCCGCUCGCUACCCAGGCCUCUGGGGUAAAUACCUGUUCCAUUGCAAUGCCGACAAAUCACUUAGUGUUGUUGAGGAAUGCCAUGUCAUCUGUAUCAACAGUGGCGCUGGAAAGAGUGACGUCUGUGAUAACCCGGUGUAG